AUGGCACACGUAUUGCAGGGACUGUCGACGCGACCCGCGCUCGGUAGUCACGACACGUGGACAGCCAACGCAGCAUCGGAAACACUGGAUGUGGACGGCGCAACAACUUUGAGUCCCCAAAACGAUGAGCAGGCAGCAGACUCGCGAAGUAGAAGUACGACAGCGAUACCGUCCGAUGACAGUGGUUCAGAAACGCAGGUGGUCGAGAAACCCGGAGGCCGUAGGAAGAGCAUCCAGGUCGUUUUAGAGCAAUCGGGAAAGAAGGGCGAGUACACAUUCACUGCUAAAGAUCCUGUCUUCCAAGAGGUUCUUCAGUCAGGUCUGCGGCGAGAGGCUGAGAAACUCAAUGGAAAGGCGAAGGGGAAACCCCGCGAUCUUGUCUUCACACAACAGUUCACCACGUUCGACCGCCAAAACGCGUCCGCUGCGCACUCCCCGUUCCAUGGAUUCUUCACACUCUUCUGGAUCGCGAUGGCUUUGCUACUCGCGCGAAUAGCAGCAGGCAACUACAGGACGAAAGGCUCCGUAUUUGGGGAUGCAGAGAUUCUGCACUUGAUGAUCGACAAAGACUUGUUCGUCAUGUUGACGACCGAUGUCGCAAUGUGUGUAGCCACCAGCUUUGGCUUCUUCCUGCACAAGGCCAUUGUCAACGACUAUCUGACUUGGAACGGUUCAGGCUGGCUCAUACAGUCUUUGUGGCAGACUUUCUUCACUUGCACCAUCAUCUGGGUUACUUUCUGGCGAGACUGGCCUUGGACUCAUACAGUCUUCAUCGUUCUCCACGUCUUCGUGUUGCUGAUGAAGCAGCAUGCUUACUCCUUCUACAACGGCUAUUUAUCGCGAGUAUAUCGACGACGCAAUCUGCUCCGUGAGAAACUACGUCAACUCGAUGAUAUCAAAGCGCAUGAGGGCCCGACCCAAACAGAUCCCCCGACUGAGGCGCUAACUGCUUCCGGUCUUGAGAAAUCUGACCAAGGCCAGUUGACGCGUCGGGGAAGCAUUGGGCCAAAGUACUCUACCAAUUUAUCAAAGGAAGAGUCUGAGAUUGCAUCUAUCGGCAAAGCUAUUGAAACCGGGAACCCGCUGGAUUCGGAACAGAUUGAAGCCUUUCGACGCGUGCUCAACACCGAGAUUACGAUUCUUGAUGAAGAGCUUCGUGGAAAGUGCACUACCACUGAUAACGUCUACCCGAACAACUUAACGUUCUACAACUUUGUAGAGUGGGCGUGCCUUCCCACACUCGUCUACGAUCUAGAGUACCCCAGGCAGGAACGCAUCAACUGGUGGUAUGUAGCGGAAAAGUCAGCGGCCACCCUGGGAGUCAUCUGGAUUAUGAUCAUCAUCUCGCAAGCAUACAUCUACCCAGUAGUCGUAGAGACUAUGCGACACAAAGAGGCUGGCAUGUCGCUCGAUGAGCGAUGGAAAGAGUUUCCAUGGGUUGUAUCCGAUAUGCUCUUCCCCCUUCUCCUCGAACAGCUUCUCAGCUGGUACGUCAUAUGGGAAUGUCUCCUCAACGUAUUGGCAGAAGUCACGCGUUUUGCCGACCGUGGUUUCUACGGCGCGUGGUGGAACUCUGUAUCCUUCGAUCAAUACGCUCGCGACUGGAACCGACCGGUCCACAACUUCCUGCUUCGACAUGUCUAUCACUCCUCGAUCUCAUUCUUCCAUCUAUCAAAGAUGCAGGCAACUUUCUUCACUUUCUUGCUUAGCGCUAUUGUGCAUGAGGUUCUCAUGUUCUGCUUGUUUAAGAAGGUCAGGGGAUAUCUGUUUACAUUCCAGUUGACGCAGCUGCCGCUGGCAGCGUUCAGCAAGACGAAGUUUAUGAAGGGGAGAGACACGUUGGGGAACAUUGUGUUUUGGUUUGGUCUCUUCAUUGGACCUAGUGUCAUCACCAGCUUGUACCUUAUCGUUUAG